AUGUUUUUGAACCUUGGUCUUAUCAUUUGUUCAUUCCUUAUCUACAUUUACAGAAUAUUUUAAAUUAGUUGGCAUUUGGCAUUUAACAUGUUGACAUAUUCAUAUUCUUAUAUAUCAUGUAUAUGGAGUCAUUUGCAUUUCCAGAAUCUUCAUCAACUCAGUUCUUGAUUUCCGCGUUUAAUUUAGUCACUCAUCGAUCGAUAUCAGGCGAAGAAAUGCAGUUUGUGUUGUUGAGACAUUGAAACAGAAACACCCCUUGUGUGUAUAUUGCAUUGUUCUUGAUCUUGACUUGUUUACUUUUCGCGAAAAAAAUGAGUAUUCAGAACUAUGAGUUACCAAGUGAUUACAACUUGGAAUUCCCACAGAUGGGAUUUUGUUUUCAGCCGGAAAAUGAUCACCAACAGCAACAGCAGCAGCAAAAUUUGUGGCCUAGUAAUGAUUCAUCAUCAUCAUCAAGAAGUAUGAUAAGUCGAAUCGGAUCAUCACCUUCAGGUUUUUUUGCUACUGAGAGGUACCUUGGAUUAACACAAUAUGAAUACCAAGACAACAAUAACAACAAUAGUUGUUCUCAACUGUCAAAGAAUCAUGAUCCUCAAGUAGCGGCGUUUACUCAGCAAUGUGGAAAUGGAUUCUUGGUCACUUCAUCAUCAGCACGAGUUGACACCGAUAUUCCAAGGAUUUCAAUGCCAUCAUUCAUCAGACCACUUGAUUCUCAUGGACUCUAUGGAAAUCCUUUUAGUAAUCUAUCAGAAAAAGAGAGGGUUUUGCUUCUUAAGAGUAAGUUGUUUAGAGAAAUUGAUAGUUCAAACAGGCAGCCUGCUGCUUCGAUGACUUUUCAAGGAAAUCAAGACUAUGGUGUCUCAAAUAAUACAUGUGGUUUUAACUUGGUACAUAUAAGGCAACAAUCUGGAAGUCAAUCAGCAAAUAGUUAUAACAACUCUGGAUGUUCAGGAGGAUCUUUAUCGAGUAAGACACGAAUCAGGUGGACUCAGGAUCUCCACGAUCGAUUUGUUGAGUGUGUAAACCGUCUUGGAGGAGCUGACAAGGCGACGCCAAAGGCAAUACUAAAGCUGAUGGAUUCAGAAGGCUUAACCAUUUUUCAUGUAAAAAGUCAUCUUCAGAAAUAUCGAAAUGCAAAGUUCAUCCCUGAAUCGACAGAAGGAAAAACUGAGAAAAUGGACAAACAGAAUAACGUGACACAGAUCGACGGCAAAACUGGAAUGCAAAUCAAAGAAGCACUGCAUAUGCAGCUAGAAGUCCAGAGGCGUCUUCACGACCAACUAGAGAUUCAGCGAAAGUUACAGUUGAGGAUCGAAGAACAAGGGGAGCAACUGAAGAAGAUAUUUGAACAACAACAACAAACAACCAGGAGCCUCUUGGAGACGCGGAAUUCAAGCAUUUCAUCUCAUGCUGAUCCGUUCAGCCCACACGAAGAUGAAGUUUUCGUUGCAGAAAGCUUCGAUAAUUCCCAUUUCCAAUCUAAAAUAAGCUACAAUGACAUGGAAACAACAUUUGUUUGACAUUUUUUCAGAUAGUUGAUAUUAGCUUUCUGUAGAGCUAAUUUGCCUUACAAGCAAACUACACAAACAACGUAUAGUACAAAGGGCAGACACAAUAUCAUGCAAAAACUUAAGUACUACAUUCAUGCUAUAUAUUCAAUGGUUCUCUGGUGUGUGCAUAAGUACAAAAUUGUCUAAUGAUAGUUAUUUAAUAA